UUAUCGUUAUUUCAUUUCUAUUUCUGCGCUCACUUUCUUCACCAUCACUCAACUAGCCCUCAGACCUCUAUCUACUUCUCUUCCAUCUCAAUUAUCAAAUUCAUCCCCUCCUUUUUCAUAAAAUUAAAUUAACUCUGUCGCUUCCAUGAGAUCAGAAGCCAAUUCACUAGACCUCAAUAAUCUACCUGAAGAUUAUUCUAGAGACGGCAAACAGACCUUAGGCGACACCUCUUCAUCUGCAGGGAAAAAGAAAAGCGGCGGUGAGGAGGAAAAAGAUGAAGGUGGGAAGGUGUAUGAGUGCAGGUUUUGUUCCCUCAAAUUCUGCAAAUCUCAAGCCCUUGGGGGACACAUGAAUCGCCACCGCCAAGAAAGGGAGACAGAAACCCUGAACAAGGCUCGUCAGCUUGUGUUCAGUAACGAUGUUGCUCCGCCUCACAUAAAUUACGUCUCGAGCGGAGGGUUUCAUCAAGCAAGCAGCAGCAGCAGCAUGGACGAAGCUUUCAGAUCCAUAUACCCAUCUGCACCUUCUAGAAUGUUCCCAACCACUCCACCGCCGCAGCCACAGUACGGAUUCCCGUCGCCUCCGCCGCCUCCCCACAGCGACUACUACAUGCUCUCCAACUCCUGCUACGCCGCCCCUCCGCCCAACGGGAGCUUCUACACCUGUAUCGGUGCCCCCGUUGCAGCUGCCCGGGGCCUCGAUGGUGACUCAUCGAUGCACAAUCAGGAUCAUGAGGGGCUCAGCUGGGGCCGGAGGUAGAAAUCAUCGUUCCAUUUCAAGAUGGAUGGAUGUGUGGAUUUGCAAGGGGAGAUGGAGUUUUGUAUUUUGAUCAAACCCUUUUUUGAGCUCUCAUUCUCACACAUUAAUUCGCAUUUCAAGAUGGAUGGAUGUGUGGUGUGUGUUUUUCUUUAGUUUCUUUUUUCUCACUUUUCUCUGCCUUGCAAUGAAUAUGUUUGGUGUAGAAGAAUGUUGUUAUUGUAGUUGUUGAAGGUGGACAACAACUUAGGUUUAAAUAAAUGAAACCAACAGGUUUAAUUUGUCCA